CCAAGCCGGUAUCAGUAGUCCUAAAUGGCUUUAUGAAAGUAGCGAUAGAUUAAUAGUAAUUUAUUAUGUAAUAUUGUUUUGAUUACAUUUUUAAAGUAGAAAAGUGAAAUAAUAAUUUAAAUUUGUAGCUAGAUGGAUUACUCGAAUCAAAGUGGAUUCAGACAGCGUAAGUUACAAGCCAGGGCGAGGAUGAGGGCUCCUGGAAUGGACCACGGUGAACCGCAACAACUUUUUGACGACACCAGUGCUGGAUCUCACCCAGCCGGACAUGGCGGCAUGGACAAGGGAGCUACAGCCUACACAGGACAGAACCUCCUUUCAGAUCCGAUGUCUAAUCUUGCCAUGGCCUAUGGAAGUAGCCUUGCCAGCCAGGGCAAAGAAAUGGUGGAUAAAAAUCUGGACCGUUUUAUCCCGAUCUCCAAGCUAAAAUAUUAUUUUGCUGUGGACACGCUUUAUGUUGGAAAGAAGCUAAAACUGCUGGUGUUUCCUUAUAUGCACAAGAACUGGGAGGUGAGUUACCAGCAGGAUACUCCAGUAGCUCCACGCUUUGACGUCAAUGCUCCAGACCUCUACAUCCCUGCAAUGGCUUUCAUCACAUAUAUCUUGAUAGCUGGAUUGGCCCUGGGCACACAAGACCGGUUUUCUCCAGAAAUCUUAGGGAUGCAGGCUAGCUCAGCCCUGGUGUGGCUCAUUAUUGAAGUUCUCGCCAUACUUCUGAGUCUCUACCUGGUCACUGUGAACACCGACCUCACAACCAUUGAUCUGGUGGCUUUCUCCGGAUACAAAUAUGUUGGGAUGGUAGUGGGAGUGCUAGCUGGGCUUCUGUUCGGAAAGACAGGAUAUUAUCUCUUACUAUUCUGGUGCUGUGGCUCCAUCUUCGUUUUCAUGAUUCGAACAAUGAGGUUGAAAAUCCUGUCCGAGGCGGCUGCAGAGGGAGUUCUGGUCCGAGGAGCCAAAAAUCAGCUGCGCAUGUACUUAACCAUGGCCAUCGCUGCUGCACAGCCAGUGUUUAUGUACUGGCUAACCUACCACCUGGUUAGGUAAAAAGAGGAAGAAGAACUGAACGACAUAACCACUAUAGCCAUGACUGGAGAACAUACUCAGUUCCACGCCAAAAAAAAAGACUUGAAGCUGAGAUGCAAUACAAUCCAAACGAAGAAGCGUUGUAAAUUCUCACUGGACUGAAGUAGCUGAGACAGGCCAGUUACUGUACAGUUGUACUUUUAUAGGAAGGACUUCUGGCUUUUUGUGCUUUUUUAUGAUUUACACUGCUCUUAUUUGAUUGAUAUCUGAAGACAUUGCGAAACAGACAAGUCUUCAAUAUCUCAGAACCUAUGAGCCAGUCAGCACAUUUCAACAGUUGCUAUAGGAUGCAUAAUGCCAGUCUUUGUUGACUCUGUGCUGUGUUGUAUGUGUUUACAUGUCUGCAUUUCUCUGUGACUGAUUUUAAAUAAAUAAUAACCUUUUGUUUUGCUACUACAAAAUGAUUUAAAAUAAAAAAGUGGUAUGACUGGCAAAUUCCUUAUUCAUUUGUAAUUAAAACAAUAAUUAAAUUUACUACAGUUUUGUCCAAAUAAGGGGUUUUGUUAUUCUUGAUGAAAUUGCUCAGAUGAUUUUACACUGAUCAGCCAUAACAUUAAAACCACUUCCUUGUUUCUACACUCACUGUCCAUUUUAUCAGCUCCACUUACCAUAUAGAAGCACUUUGUAGUUCUACAGUUCCUGACUGUAGUCCAUCUGUUUCUUUACAUGCUUUUUUUUUAGCCUGCUUUCACCCUGUUCUUCUAUGGUCAGGACCCCCACAGAGCAGAUAUUAUUUAGGUGGUGGAUCAUUCUCAGCCCUGCAGUUACAAUGACAUGGUGGUGGUGUGUUAGGUUUUAAAUACCACGUCCACUCACUGUCCAAUCUAUUAGACACUCUUACCUAGUUGGUCCACCCUGUAGAUGUAAAGUCAGAGACGAUCGCUCAUCUAUUGCUGCUGUUUGAGUUGGUCAUCUUUGAGCUCUUCAUCAGUGGUCACAGGACGCUGCCCACGGGGCGCUGUUGGCUGAAAAUAUUUUUGGUUGGUGGACUAUUCUCAGUCCAGCAGUGACGGUGAGGUGUUUUAAAACUCUGUCAGUGCUGCUGUGUCUGAUCCACUCAUACCAGCACAACACACACUAACAUACCACCGCCAUGUUAGUGUCACUGCAGUGCUGAGAAUGAUCCACCACCUAAAUAAUACCUACUCUGUGGUGGUCUUGUGGGGGUCAGAACAGCAUAAAAGGGGACUAGCAAAGCAUGCAGAGAAAUAGAUAAACUACAGUCAGUAAUUGUAGGACUAAAUGGACAGUGAGUGUAGCAACAAGGAGGUGGUUUUAAUGUUAUGGCUGAUCAGUGUAAGUCACCAUCUUAGCUUAGGUGAUGAGUCAUUAAGAAGAAAAUGUGUGAGAUAAUUAUUAAAACAAUGUAUCACAAAGAAAAAAUGGAAAUUAUUUGUAUUUAUUUUUUUCUACAGUGCACAAUAUCAUUAAAAUGUAAAUUAAAAGAUUAAGGAUCUGAAGGAAUUUCAGUGCAUAAAAAGCAAGAUUGUCAGCCUAAGCUGAACACUACAGAAUUAC